AGCUUCCCACAGACUUCCUAAUUGGAAGCCAAAAAUGGCCAGCAAAGGACCUGCAGCUUCAGCUUCCACAGAAAGUUCCAGUGCAGGUGGAACCAGUGGGAACAACAGCAACGGGGAGAGUACAGGUCAGGACAGCACAUUUGAAUGCAACAUCUGUUUGGACACCGCCAAGGAUGCUGUGAUCAGUCUGUGUGGCCACCUGUUCUGUUGGCCUUGUUUACACCAGUGGCUAGAGACCAGGCCAAACAGACAGGUGUGUCCUGUAUGUAAAGCAGGAAUCAGCCGUGAUAAAGUUAUACCGCUUUAUGGAAGGGGCAGCACCGGACAACAGGACCCCAGGGAGAAAACACCACCUCGACCUCAAGGCCAGAGACCUGAGCCAGAAAACAGAGGGGGUUUCCAGGGUUUUGGGUUUGGCGAUGGAGGCUUCCAAAUGUCAUUUGGAAUUGGAGCAUUUCCAUUUGGCAUAUUUGCUACAGCCUUCAAUAUAAACGAUGGGCGGCCCCCUCCAGCUGUUCCAGGGACUCCUCAGUAUGUGGAUGAACAGUUUCUUUCUCGCCUCUUCCUGUUCGUGGCCCUCGUCAUCAUGUUCUGGCUCCUGAUAGCUUAACUUUGCUUCAUACCUUGCGGAACUCUGAACCAGCCACAGACUGCUGCUUGUCUCUCUGUCUGCCUCUUGGUGUCCAAUUCUUCAGCUAAUGAUGGGCUCCUGAAAGCCACUGGUGUCUUCGUGUGAGGAGGAGUCUCUCUUAUUUUUCCAAAGCUACCGAAUUAACAAUUUAAAAAGUUUUCUGAAGCUCAGCCAUAACUCACACAGCAAGGAUCUGGCUGGAACUGUGACCCUAGCUUUAAGCUCCGCAUCUCAACGAGGAGCAUUUGAAUCUUGUGCCAAACAUCUGGAAGAGAUGCUGCCCCAAAGGGAAUCAGGCAUGGUGGCUAGCAGUGGAGCCUCUUGUCAUAUACCCCACUAUCUUGUGUCUCAAGAGCAGUGAGAGGAAGAUCAGUGGACUUCAGAACCCAGCUGUACAUCUUGCCCAAAAGCCAACUGACUCCAGGUAAUAUCUUCUUUAGAAGGCAAUAUCUUCUAUCUGGUUGAAGAGGAUUGUGUCCCAUUCCUGCUGUUACAUACCCAAUUGAUAAAAGACUAUAUUUGUUUUUCCAGCAAUCACAAAAAUGAAAGGAUAAAAGACUCUAAUCUAAAACGGUAGCAUAUCUAAAUUUACUGGAAUCGGGGAGGGGGGAGAAUCUCUCAUCUCAGGGUUUUGAAGGGGCUGUUAGCUGUCAUGCAGCACACUUCCUCACUGAUAAAAGCAGUGUUUUAAAGAGUUUGUAGCAGCUAUCAACUUUUAAUUUAAGUAGACAUAAUUCCAGCUGCUGUUCUUAUAUAUCUACAUCUCUCCUUCCUGAAAUGUACAUUUUUUUUGCCAUAUUUGGAAUAGGUUAACUGAGACGGGGAUAAUUUGCAGAGUAUUUUAUGCCUCCCCACCUCACAAUUAUGAUUAUUACACAAAUGGGAAUCUGUACACUUUUGACAAAGUAAGGAAUUCUGCUUAAGCGCUUUGUGUGUGGUCAAGGGGCCAUUGGUGUGUGAGCUUUUUCAAAUUACCAAAGACAUGAUUUUUUUUUGAAGGGUAAUCAUGGGCCCAAUGCAGCAGUGGUUUGAACAGUGCUUUAGCCACAGAGCAUCUCACAUGAUGGUACUGGGUGCAUUUGGAGAACUCUUUACAGAAGGGGCGGAGGAGGAAUCAUGCUUUAAAAACAUUGCAGUUGAAUCUUUUGGGAUGCGACACUCGCUUGACCGACUGCCAAUACUCUUGUAAGACGUAUUUAUUUUGUGAUUCUUUUGGAUGUUAACCAAGGCUUGCUGGUCAGACCCCAGUGACGUUGAGGCUUAUUUUUCCUGUAGCUGUGAUGUGGGGGGUGAGGUUGGAAAUCUCAAGAGCAAGAUGCAUGUCACCACCAUUUCCUUUCACAGAAGAAGCAAGAUACCAAAUGUGAAUUUUCUUGUGGUCCAAUUUCUAUCCUGGCUCUUGGUCUUUCAGGACAGGAGGCAGACCUAGCUUGAUACAGCAAUGUUCUAUCGCUUGUCAACAAAGUCAGGCUUGGUAACAAGAAGGCUCCAUUCCUUGAAAAUCAGCGCCACCUACUGUCAACAAAAAAAAAACCAUUCAGUUGCAUUGUAAUAUAAACAAAUAUAUUUUAUUUUUCCCUUUGCUAGAAAUUUUUAUCACACUGGAAAAGCCAGAUUUCUAAAAUCAAUCUUAUACAAAUGGUCAAAUGGGUGUGAUGGUGGGAUAGUGUUGAAUUGUCAGACAUUGACGGUUGGAUUGGCUAUGCUGGCCAAAGUCCAUUGUCUUUGGGGGUGGGGGAUUUCGGUCUUGCCUGCUUUUGAGGGGAACAGAAUUGCCCGGCAUCUGAAAAAGUUUCUGGCAGCCGAUUGUGGCAGAUUCUGGGCUUCCUUGGCUUCAGGGAGCCACUAGCCCCUCUGGUCAUGUUUGCUUGAUAAGCAGAUCCCCCCCCCCCAACUUCCUCUAGUCUUAAAGACCUUCCCUGCCUCACACUCUUUGUAACCCCCCCCCCCUUUUUUUUUUCUCCACAUCAUCUAUCCAGAUUCCUCUUGGCUUGUGGUUAGCAAAGUAUGGUACCACUGUGCAACACUGCUGUUCACUAAUUUUCACUGUUGUGAAAGUCAGAAUAAACACCUUUUUACAUUA